AUGGCUUCUAAGGCUUUAAGAAGAAUAUCAAAAGUUUUUUCUCCUCCUCAACAAAAUGAAGGAGUUGGUGCAAGAGUUCAUAGAAUCAUAGGUAACUAACAAUGUAGAAGAUUGGACCCUUUCUUGAUGCUUGAUUACUUCUAGGUGAAAUUACCUGCAGGUUUUCCUGAUCACCCUCACAGAGGAUUUGAGACAGUUACAUAUAUGCUUGAUGGUACUAUGUUGCAUGAAGAUUUCAAGGGAAAUAAAGGAAAUUUAGAACCAGGUGAUAUUCAAUGGAUGACAGCUGGUAAAGGUAUUGUUCAUGCUGAAAUGCCUGGGUCAUUUGACAAAACUUCAGUUGGAUUUUAAUUGUGGGUUAAUUUAGAUAAAAAGAAUAAAAUGUGCGAUCCCGAAUAUCAAGAAUAUAAAUCUGAAAAACUUCCUAUUGUUAAAAGAGAUGGAAUAUGGAUCAGACUAAUUGCUGGUGAAGCUCUUGGAGAAAAAGGUCCCAUUUUCACAAGAACUCCUGCUUUCUAUAUGGAUGUUAGACUUGAAAAGAAUGUUUAAUUUGACUAACAUAUCCCAAAGGAUUACCAAGGAAUGGUAUUCUUAUAUGAAGGAAGCAUUAAAAUUGGUGAAAACUAAAAAGAAGUUCAAGAUAAAUAAGCAGCUAUCUUUGAGCCAGAGGAAGGAGAAAAUUUAAAUAUUAUUUCUGGUGACAAAGGAGCUAAAUUUAUCCUCUUUGCUGGUAGACCGAUAAAAGAACCUGUAUACAGCUAUGGGCCAUUUGUUUUAGAUUCUUAGUCUAGUUUAAAUGAUACCUUUGAAGACUAUCAAGAAGAGAAAAAUGGAUUUGAAGGUGCUAGUCAAUGGUAAUCUGAAAUAUAAUUCUUAGCAGAGCUUAAUAAAUCAAAAUGA